AUGCCAAAAAUCAAACCAGGAAAUAAAUGGAUUGUGGUGACAAGUAUCAGUUAUCCGACAAAAGAUAUGGAAGUGAGUUUUUUGAGGAGGGGGAUAUAAUCAAUAAUCUCAUAUUCUUAAUAAUCUCAUAUUCAAGUGUCAUUUUUUCAGAGACUUGCGUCAUUCGAUGAUUGGAAUUUGGUUGUUGUUGCUGAUACAAAAACACCAGCCGACUGGAAACUUGAAAAUGUCCAUUUUCUAUCUGUCGAUUAUCAAAAUAGUCUAGAUUUCCAAAUUGUUCAUUAUCUUCCUUAUAAAUCCUACACUCGCAAGAAUAUUGGAUAUCUUUAUGCUAUUUCAAAUGGUGCAGAAUGGAUUUAUGACACAGAUGAUGACAAUAAACCAUAUGGUUUAGGUCUAAAACAAUUCAAUUAUGAACAAGAAAUGUCGGGAUUAAGAUAUACAACUUCUACCAUUCAAAAUCAAUCAAUAAUUGAGAAACUAUUCAAUCCUUAUCGAUUUUUUGGAUUGGAUAAAAUGUGGCCACGUGGAUUCCCUUUGGAAUAUAUAAAACAUCAUAAUAAUGGAGAAGAUCGACAAGUUUUAUGUUCAAAAAUGAAAAGAUCAGCAGUUCAACAGGGAUUAGUUCAUCAUGAUCCAGAUGUUGAUGCAGUUUAUCGAUUAUUGAAUGCUGAUCAGAAAGGUUUAGAUGAGAGAUUCAAUAAGUUUGCACCGUCUAUUUUAUUGGAACCUGGAACUUAUGCACCUUGGAAUUCACAAAACACAUUGUUUCAUAAAUCGGCUUUUCAUAUUUUGAUGUUGCCAACUACAGUUUCAUUUCGAACAACUGAUAUUUGGCGGUCGUUUUUUGCCCAAAAAAUUUUGCAUUUAUCUGGUCUCGCUAUUUCGUUCAUCCCUGUCAAUGCUGUGCAAUUUCGCAAUUCGCACAAUUUUUUGAAGGAUUUUCAAGAUGAACGGUUGGUGUUUUUGUUUCAGAAUAUUAUUAAUGAAAAUAUUAAUGAUUUCAGACAAGUUUACGAGGAUUCUGGCAAGAUAAUCAGAUAUUUGGAUAAUUGGGAAUGUGGUCAUCUAGAUAUUCCAAAUUGUAUGCGCCAAUUGGCCAAAGAUUUCACAGAUAAUGGUUUUUGGAAAGAGGAUGAUCAAUUUUUAAUUGAUCUUUACAUUGAAGAUCUUCUGAAAAUCAAUUAUGAAUUUGCAAUUCUGGAUAAUAACACGAGUUCAUAUAAAGCAAGUGCAAAUGAGACAGAAUUUAAUGCGAAUUGUCGAAGAGCUCAAUUUGAAUUCGAUCUAACUUACCCGGUUAAUUCUACCGAGCCAGCGAUCAUCCGAACCGAGCAGAAAAUCAAACACUUUGGACAGAUUUCAAAAUGGUGUACGGAAGCUGGCUUCAAUAAUUUCACAAAUAGUUUCCCAUCGGCGCAGGAACUGGCAGAACGACACUCUAAAAGUUACGUGUUGAAGAAUAAUCUUAACAAUGUUCUACUUAUUGUCAAUAAUUAUCCUUGGAAGUGGGGAAUUGGACAUCUUCAAAGAUUAUAUCAACCAUAUUUUGCUUCAGUUGUUUUUUGCGGUUCCUAUUAUCCAGACACAUAUCAGAAAACUAAUCAAGGUUUUGCCGAAACUAUCAAACCAUUCAAUUUUAUUCAUAUGAAUCCAGCAGAAAUUUAUCAAGGCUUUUUAGGGUAUCAUUGCUUGACACUUUUACAUGAAGUCGGUUUCCAAAAUGUUCAAGGAUAUUAUUUUAUGGCUGAUGAUGCGCAUUUCAAUAUUUGGCAACGAAUUGAUUUCAAACGGGUUCAUCAUUUGGGUGGUGUUGAAUUUAUUGGUUCUAAAGAUUGGUGGACAUAUCCGGUUUAUGGUAGGUGUUUUGGAACGUUUUUUAUAGAUUGGAAACCCAGAAAUAUGAAAAAGUUAAAAACAAUCAAUGGAAAAUUGAUGGAAUUUAUCUGUAAUUUACAAAGAACUAUCUUCUUUGUGUGAUUCUCGAAGAAAAUGUUAUCAAACAAUUUUCAUUUUCAUCUUUUUCCCCGAAUAAAAAACGAUUUUUUCAAAUUUUAUAGCAUUUGAAAACGAGUUUUCUCAUCCAUUUACCGAAAAGUCAAACUUUCCACUAACUUAAAUAAGAGAACCGUAUUUUCAGGACUUGCUGCUGCAGAACGAGUUUUAGACGAAAUCGAGAACACAAUCGAUGUAAGAAAACUUGAAGCAUGGGACAAAUUCGAAAAUGGACUCAAAACGUAUGGCUACAUUCAACCAAAUCAAACCGCCGCUGAUGAUUUGCUCAAUGGAACAUCAAGAAGUAUUUCCGAUUUUUUCUAUGUCCCACAAAGCGAGAUAGGAUAUUAUUCAGUUUUGAUGCGCCUUUUCUUCGAAAAUAAAUUAUUUCUUGAACUUGCUGUCAAUAGAUUCCUCAGAUCUGUCAGACAUCAAACGUAAGUGUAAUUAUGUUGGAAGGUUUGAAAUUGUCUUUUUUUCAGGUCUAAAUCGCUUAAUGCUUCAUAUCUUUGGUUUGAUCGAGACCAUUGGGCGGAAAAAUACAGUGUUGAUAUGGUCGCAAUGCAUCCAAUCAAACUUAGCAUGUUUCGAUCACCUGGUCCUAAAAGAUUCAAAUAUUGUAAUGUUAUUUUGAAAUCAUGGCAUGAUAUUGUUUUCAAUAACUCGUCCAAUUAUACAACUAAGGGAGAUAACGAGCCAGAUGUUAUGAAUGGGUAA